UGUGUUUUGCCAACAAAUUCCAUUGCAACAAUUUUUUUAAAUUUAUUAUUCUAACUCUAGAAGACCAUAAUCGUAUCAAAAGUACAUUUGCUAAUUUUAUAAUUUAUUUACGUUUGCAUAAAAAAACUAUAUCGAGUAAAAAAUUAUAUCGAGUAUUUAUCUUUUUACAUAAUCAAGAACAAAUAGCAAUCAUAUGUAUACUGUUGUAUCAAUCGAUUGCUUACCUAUUUCCAUGUUAAGUUGUGGGAAGAAGAAAUAACGAGGAAGGAGAAAUAAUCAAUAACUCCGUGUAUAUAUGAGCUUUGAGCUUGUUCCGUCGACAGAAAUACGAAGAGUGCGCUUCAAUAUGCACGGACUUGUUGAAAAAAAAUCCUCUGGAUCAGGUACAUGUUGUUCCUCAUCGUUUCUUUAUGGAUAAAUGUAUUUGCGAAAUGUAAUUGAGAGACAUGUGACUUUCACGUUAGGCCGUGUGGGUCUUAAAAAUGCGCGCCUUGACGUUGCAAGUCUACGUGGACGACAUCGAAGGCGAAGAAGAGGGUAUCGCGGAGAGUCUAUUAGAUAAUUAUGCAAUAUCGAUGAUGCCCAGACCGGGAACUUCUUUGAAAAAUCCAGGCACCAGUUAUACCAGUCAGGGAGUGCGGCCCAAGUCUCAAUCUGGUAGACCAGUUACCGGGGUUGUGCGACCCGCCACUCAGGCAGCAAUGUCCCAGUCCAUCGAGCAAGCGUUGAGAACACCGAGAACAGCGAUGACUGCCAGGCCGAUCACAGCGAUCUCAGGACGCAAUGUUAGGCUUGGUACAGCUUCGAUGUUGACGGAACCUGGCGGACCGUUUAUCCAGUUGUCGCGCUUAAAUAUAACCAAGUACGCCAAUCAACAAAGUAUAGCAAAACCAUUAUUCGAAUACAUAUACUAUCACGAAAAUGACGCGAGAUACGCGUUGGAUUUGGCUGUACAGGCGACGCAGGUUUGUCAAUUCAAAGACUGGUGGUGGAAGGUCCAGUUGGGUAAGUGUUACUACACCUUGGGAUUGGUGAGAGAUGCGGAGCAACAGUUCAAGUCGGCGUUGAAGGAUCACAAAUGCAUCGAGACGGUGUUGCGGCUGAUCAGGGUCUACAUCAGGCUCGAUCAGCCGUUGGCCGCGUUGGACACGUGCAAGAGAGGUCUUGAAUACUUCGUGAACGAUAUCGCGAUUCUCACAGAGAUGGGCCGUAUAUUCGAAGGUCUGAACAAUACGGCGAUGUCUAUGAAGUAUUACAGAAUGAUCGCACAGGAAGACGCUUCCCACACGGAAGCGAUUGCCAGUAUAGGCAUGCAUCACUUUUACAACGAUCAACCAGAGCUAGCUUUGCGUUAUUAUAGACGUCUAUUGCAAAUGGGUGUGCACAACGCCGAGCUGUUCAAUAAUCUUGGACUCUGUUGCUUCUACGCUCAGCAAUACGACCACACCAUCUCGUGCUUCGAGAGAGCAUUGAGUCUCGCGAAUGACGAAAACGUAGCCGACGUGUGGUAUAACAUUUCUCACAUCGCCGUCACACUGGGUGAUAUGAUAAUGGCCGAAGAAUGUUUGAGACUGGCCAUCGCGAAUGACAACAGACACGCUUUGGCCUACAAUAAUCUCGGCGUGAUAGAGAUGCGGAACGGAAAUGUCACCGCGGCGAGAACUUAUUUCCACGCAGCGGCCAAUAUCGCUAGCUACGUGUACGAGGCGCACUUUAACAGCGCGCAUUUAGCUUACCAAGUUGGAGACCUACAAACGAGUUAUAUCGCAGUACAAAAAGCGUUGAACGCGUAUCCUGGACAUUACGAUAGUAAAACCCUUUUGCAAAAACUGCAAAGAUACUUCUCACAUAUGUGACGAGAUAAACAAAGAGACUCUUUCCUCUUUUUCUACACUG